CCUCCAGCAUGCAUGCUGUGUGGCCGGGCAGAGGCUGACCCGGACAUCUGCGGGUACAAACUGCAGAAGCUAGGGCUCUGCGCCCACCUCUUUUGCCUGUUUUUUGCCAAUGAGCUUUUUCAGGAACAGGUAAACAAUGUAGGACUGAUGGGAUUCCCCUUGGAGGAUAUUCUCCAUACAGUCGAGCAUGCAGCGCAGCAGCGCUGCUUCGUCUGUGGCGAGAGCGGGGCCGCCAUCACCUGCUGCCAGGAGGGCUGUGACCGCAGCUUCCACCUCCCCUGCGCCGUGGAGGGGGAAUGUGUCACGCAGUUCCUUCCUCAAUACAGGUCCUUCUGCUGGCAGCACCGCCCAGAGCAGGCAGUGGAGGCGGCUCCGGGGGAGAACACCGCCUGCCUCAUCUGCCUGGACCCUGUUGAGGACAGGAAGUCCUACGGCACCAUGGUGUGCCCAGCGUGCAAACACGCCUGGUUCCACAGGGCCUGCAUCCAGGGACAGGCUGCGCGCGCCAGCAUUUGCUUCCGGUGCCCUCUCUGUAGAGAUGAGCAUGCAUUUCUCAUGGAGAUGUUCAACAUGGGCAUCCGAAUCCCAUUCAGAUCCCCAGCAUGGGAGAACGAGCCUGCAGACGCAGCACCAAAUGAGAGGCACAGCCGCUGCGAUGCCCGUGAGUGCCUUUGCCCAGGAGGCAGGCAGCACGCAGAGGAACAGGGGCCCUGGCAACUGCUCCUGUGCUGCUCCUGUGCUGCCGAGGGCACCCACAGACGCUGCUCCCACUUCGGGACCGACACGGCCAGAUGGGAGUGCAACAGCUGUGCUGGCCUGGGCACCGCCUCCAGUGGCAGCUCAGAGGUCGCGGGUCCCAUCACCGAGAGCCAGUCAGGAUCGGGGCCGUCCCACAGCUCUCCAGCACCAGAGACCAGCAGCCCCAGCAGCACUGGUCUCCAGGUGGCAUCGGGGCCAUCCCAAAGCUCCCCAGUGCCUGAGAGCAGCAGCUGCUCCAGCCCACCUGGGCCCGACCGCGUGCGAGACCGCUCUCGCUCGCGGCGUCGGGCCCAAAAGCCCUACAGCCGGCGCACAAGAGGCCGUGGCAGGAGCCGCGCACCAGCACCCAGGGCUGAGAGCAGCAGCCCCGCACAGUCGGUGCCGGGAUGCUCCCGUGGCUCCCCGGUACCCGAGACCGGCAGCCCCAGCACCCCCAGCUCUGCACGGCUCCAGAGCAGCCGCCGCCCCAGCCGCCCCGGGCCCGUGCGGGGACGAGACCGUUCCCGCUUACGACGUCGGGCCCAGAACCCUUACAGCCGGCCCGGACGCUGACGCGCGACCAGCCCUGCGCCGGCCCUGCCUGCUGGCCCUGAUCCCCCACCACCGCUCCAAUAAAGUUGACUGUUAAUCUCUGCCCUGGGAGAUUCCACGCUCCUUUGUUGGCUUCCGCCGGGCCCACAGGGUUGUCUUCUCCCCGGGGCUUGGCAGCACCUUCCCCAGACCUCCCUCCUCGCGGGCUGGCCUUGGCCGGCUGCCCAGCGCCAUGGCCGUGGGCUUCGGGCCUCGCUGGCCCCGCAGCCUGCUCCGCUUCCCCGGGGAAAGUUCGAACGCACAAGCGGCAAAG